AUGUGCAAGGAGGCCGGAUGUGGAUGUUGUGCAGUGACCGUGACCUACGCCCCAGGGGGAGAUAAGGCAGAGACCAUGAGCAUUAACUCGUGUCUCUGCCCCCUGUACAGUGUAGACGGCUGGCAGAUCACCACUGUUGAAGGUAUAGGCAGUCAAAAAGAUGGAUUCCACCCAAUCCAGGAGAGGAUUGCCAAGCAUAACGGUACUCAGUGUGGCUACUGUACUCCUGGUUUUGUCAUGUCCAUGUAUGGACUACUCCACCAGAAGCCCCAGCUGAGCCAGCAGGAGAUAGAAGACUCAUUUGAUGGUCACGUGUGCAGGUGUACAGGCUACAGGUCAAUCCUGGACGCCAUGAAGUCUUUUGCUACAGACUCCACUAUUCCUGGAGCCAAGUGUGUCGACAUUGAGGAUUUGGAUCGAAGGCUGUGUCCGAAAACAGGAGAGUCUUGUCUACCUGCUGGUCAGAAGAACUGCCCCGGGCCAUCACGUGUCUGUGCCAGCACCCCCAGACGUCUGGCUGUAGACCUGGAACACUGCCGGUGGUACCGUCCGGUCAGCCUGGUCGAGCUGGGCAAGAUCCUGCAGCAACAUAAGACUCAGAGGGUCAGGCUGGUCUUCGGCAACACGGCGGCAGGCAUCUUCACUCUCAAACAUCCGUUUCAAGUUUACAUCGAUCUGAGGGCAGUCAGAGAACUUUACCUGUACAAGGAAACCGACUCCAGCGUCACCUUUGGUGGGGGCACGACCUUCACCGUGUGGAGAGAAAGACUACGGCUGCUGGAGCAGAAACCAGGGUACCAUUACUGCUCCGGCAUCCUCAGGCAUCUUAAGGUCUUCGCCAGCGUCUUGGCUGGCUGCCUAGCGGGAAACUUAAUGAUCAAAUAUUAUCGACCAGAUUUUCCUUCGGAUUUGUUCACCAUUUUGGAAGCCCUUGGCGCCAAGGUCAAGGUAUUCGAUUCUAAAACCUCCAAGAUUACUCAACACACACUUUUGGAUUUUUUACGCAAAGUUGACAUGAAGGGAAAGAUCAUCUCAUCUAUACAGAUCACCUCCUGGGAUAUAAAAGAUCAUUACAGAUCCUUUAAGAUCACUCCUAGAUGGCAGAAUGCCCACGCUUACAUCAACGCUGCAUUUAAAAUCACCAUAGACAACAGAAAGAUAAUUGGACAGCCGAAUUUUGUGAUUGGUGGAAUUAAUGCCCAUACGAUCCACGCUGUCAAGGCGGAAGAAUUUAUUCAAAACAAAACCUUAUCCGAUGACGUCAUUAACGAAACUCUCCAGAUCAUGUUCUCAGAGCUAGAGCCCAGCGAGGAUCCGAUCUUGUCGUCUGCAACAUACAGACGUCAGCUGGCUGUCAACUUGUUGUACAAGGUAGCUCACAUGGUUCUAUGUUUGAUCUACCUGUGUUUAGGUAGCUCACAUGGUUCUGUGUUUGAUCUUCUCACCUGUGUUGAAAAGGUAGUUCACCUGGUUCUGUUUGAUCUACCCACCUCUGUUAAGGUAGCUUAUCUUGUUUAA